GACAUAACGUAGUCCGAACUCCGAAACAAUCAUUCUCAGCAGAAGUGUUAACCAAUUCAUUGACUUUUUAUUUUUCGAUCGAGAAGCUUUGGAAGAAUUCAACACGAUGAAGAUCUGGUUCAUUUUUAUACUCAUCUUAGGAACGGUAGGUUAUACAGUGGCUGGAGACAUUAACCAACCACUUUGUUUAUGUGAGGAGCCAGAGGGAAUUUUGGGAAGAAAAAACGUUGUUACCCCAGAAGUGCAGGAAAAAAUUGAGGAAGAGGUAAAGAAUGCUUUAGAGGCCGAAAAAGAUGAGGGAAUUUCGGGACGAGGACUUCCCUUGUUUAUCCGACUGAGUCGAGAAUGUGGAACUCAAAACUGUCGUAAUGAUCCGAGUGUGGACCGUUGUUAUAAUUCUCUCCCCAUCCCUGGAUAUCCACGACAGUGUUCCGUCUUCAACGAGAAAUGUGAACCUAAUUUUGGUUACAACACAAACGGAGAUCUCCGCAUCAUAGUUCAAGCUCCAAAAGCCGGCUUCCGUCAGUGCCUCUGGCAACACAAAUGUCGGAUAACUAACGGACUGUGUGGUACUUCUGGACGAUGUAGACAGAGUCGUAGUGCUAUCCGUCUACUGACCUACAACUUAGAAAGUGGAACUUUCCAUUGCGAGCAGUUCCAGAGAUGCUGCGGUUGUCCUUGUAGCCACUGAGUUUGGGAGCAUUCAGAAGUUUUUAAACAUUAACCCAGUGACUUUGUAUUAAUUACAUUUACCUUGGUACUUAUGUACGUGAAUGAAUAUGUAAUUUGAGUAUAAACAAACUAUUUUAGAAACAG